AUGGCCGGUCCCGGCCUUGGCUCCGGGUCGUUGAUUCUACAAGUCGUAGACGAAUGUGUCAAGUACUACAAAUACUUCAGCGAGGCGUCCAAAAUGCCAGAAAAGCACCGAUACUUGCAAAUUCGACUCCAGCUAGAACAGCAACGCUUUCUCGUCUUCGCCGAAGAAGCUGGGUUGUUGUCCACCGAAACCGGCUCCGAGACACUUUCGAUCAACUCGACCCUGCUCCAAGAAACCCUUUCCGAGAUCAAGAUGCUCUUCGAAAAGUUCCAGCAAGCAAACGGGAAAUACGUCGAUAUCAUACUUUCUGAUGGGCCUGGGAUUAAGUUGAGCCCUCAGCCGAGCAUGAUGGACCUACUUUGCGCCACACAAGCCCCUAUUGCCAAGAUCGACAUCUCCGUUGCGCCUACUGCGAAAACGUCCUUGCGAUCGAAUUCGAUUUUCCGGAAAAUAAUAUGGAAGGCGAGGAAGCUACGUACAAUCAUGGUCGAGCCGAAACGUUUGGUUUGGGUGGCAUUUGACCAGAAGGCAUUCACAUCUUUGAUUGCAAACUUGGAGGUUCUUAAUUCUGCCCUCAUCUCCCUUCUUCACUCUUCCAGGAGUCGUCGAAUAAAUCAGGCCAUCCAAACAAGUUAUCAAGAAAUCAUACAGAUGAAAACCGACCUACAAGGCCUGGAGGCUACGAUUCAAGCCAUAACAUACAACACCAAUCAAGAGGAGGAAGACAUUCGGUCUGUCGUAACACCUCGGAGAAGCUUCACUUCUCAAUCUAUCACAAUAGAGACGAGAUCAAAUGCUCAGAGGAUUAAAUACAUGAAAGAACUAGCCGAUGUAAAAUUUCAUCGCUUAGAUAUCGGUCGGUCUGAUGAGUCUACAUCUACACCUUCGCACAGAGAUGAGGCAUUCGAAUACCUCAACAUUACCAACUCUUUUCCCCAAGAGUGUAUUCCUCGGACAAGAGAGAUAAUACAUAUGAAUGGAGAAUUCCUAUGGCUGGAACCAAUUGAUUACUCUUUGGAGAAUUUGGAUAAAGCUAUCAAUGAUGUGUCCUGUGUUAGUCAUAGAGCAUCCCUUCUUGCCAAGCUUCUGAGCAUUGCAUUACCCGAAGACUUUCGAACACCGCCUUGUCGAGGUUUCAUCGACCUACGCAAUGCCAGCCCCAAUACGCCCCCACAACCCAUAUUAAGACUGGUGCUCAAAGUUCCAAUACGGCACGACCCCCUGGAAGUCCACAUCUUCAGCCUCAGAGAAAUUCUAUCCAGCCAGCCCAUGCCUUCCCUCUCCCUGCGUAUAUCACUCUGUUGCCAGCUAGCAGAAUGUCUGUCUAACUUCCACGCCGUCGACUGGCUGCAUAAAGGCCUUCGGAGCCAGAACAUUCUUUUCUUUGGCCCCGACGUGGGUUGCGUUGAUCUUCAGAAGCCAUAUCUCACAGGUCUAGAGCUCUCAAGGCCAGACGGACGGCCGGAGCUGACUGACGUUGCAAAGCCCAACCCCGAGGCAGAUCUAUACCGACACCCUCUGGUGCAGGGGGGUGAGAAUGCUGACGCCUACCGGAAAUCCUUUGACCUCUACAGCUUAGGGGUAGUUCUCCUCGAAGUCGCAUGCUGGUCGCCCAUCGAGAGUAUUGUCGGUUACAAGGUAGUAUCAGGCCUCACUGGAGAUGAACUGCGCUCUAUAAAAGACAAGAUCCUUGUGGAUAAGAGCCAAGCGCCGCUUGACAGCGAGGUUCCAGCCAAGUCACGAUGUUUGGAAGUUGUCUCAGCGCAUGCGGGCGAUGUCUUCAGAGACAUUGUGGAGAUUCUACUUUGUGCAAACGAGAUAGAAAGCCCGGCUUAUCCUGGGGAGAAAGCAGCACUGAGAAAUCGGCGGCUGCGCGAGGCGUUUGCGGAGGGAGUGGUGGAACGUCUGCAGAAGAUGAGGGAAGCACUAUGA